CUUCAACUUCACGAUCCGGCCGCGAUUUGGGCAUACCUGUGCAAGCCUCAAGGCAGGCGCGGAGCCGCAAUCUUGAAAUCGAACCUCUGCCCUUUCGCCACGACUUCUCUGACGCGGUUUAGUCCCUCAGAACAUCCGGCGCAUUGCCAAGUAUCAGGCCCGGCCUUCGACACGAACCCUCAAAGCAAGCUAUUCCUCUGCUGUGCGCUGCCGGUACCGCAGCUGGCUACUGCAGCUAUGGCCCUUGCUGAGCCAUGGAAAGAGGUGAUUGCACUGCAGAAAGAUCAGGCGCGAUGUGCGACAGACGUUGCAGCCAUCAAGCAGGCAUGCGCCAAAGAUCACGACAAAGCCCACGCGCUCGAGUGCGCCGAGUGCUGGCCCAAACUGGUCAACCGCCUGAGAGACCUGUACCUUAAGCCAUCAUCACCUGAGUGGUUUUCUGGACGUGGGGCAUUCCUGCAGGAGCUUGAUGGUCUUCUCACCAAGGCGCAAAGCACCCAGAACCAGGCCCCAGACUUCAGCCCCAUCGACCAGCGCAUACGCAAGGAGAAGGAGGAGUGGUUCCGCGACAAGGCCGCUGGUCUGGGCCUCUCUUCCGCUAUCGAGUCGCCAGCCGAAGCCCGAGACCUGCAAAGCAAGCUAUCGGAUCGAGAGACGCCUAUCGAACAGCUAGUGGCCGAACUUCGGAGCGUCUUCUCCCCCGAACAGCCAGACCAGAGCAACGAGAAAAUCUUCAAGGAGUUCCUGGGUCGGAUAGAAGCGGCAUCAACGCCUGGCGAGCAGGCGGGCGUCUACACAGACGCCGUCUUUCAUACGGAAACGAACGGCGCCGAGACUAGCAAGGCGGAGAAGUACGUCAAGCUUAUUCGUGGCGGUACUCCCACUGGCGAGGUACUCGAGACAUUACUGCGAGACCGACAGGCGUCGCGCGUCGAGCAGGAGGAGCGCAGGAGGCUACGCAAGCAACUCGAAGAACUCCGCAGGGCAAAGGCUGCGCACCAGCUGGCACAGUCCCGGCGGGAUAAGGUCCGCCAGGAAAAGGUCCGAGCUGCUGCCGCCGCCGCCGCCUCGGCCGCUUUAGUGGAACAGGCACAGGAGCUGCCACCAUGUGCUGCGUGCUCAAAGCCUAUCGAUCCCCAAGGCUUCGAGGCGUGUCCGGUGUGCCAGGUUCUCAAAGCUCACGAGUCACGAGAUGUCAAGCUUGUGGUCUGGUGCUCGGAACAGUGCCGGGCUCAAGGAUUUGAUGAACAUGUCUCGAACAUACACGAGUGCGCAGCUCGCCACGAUUGUGUCAGCAUUACGGACGAAGACACCGAUAUGGACCAGGACAACCGAGUGCUCGUUUUUUGCAAGGAGUGCGUUCACGACAUCAAAACAUCAGCUUCGGUGUUCUGCUCGCCGCGUUGCUACGAGACUAACUUCCAGCGGCACCGAGAGCAAGUUCACCUGCCAGAACGGGAACGGGCCAUGAGACAGGUCAAUGAUAGAGGCAUGCUGGAGUUUGAGUCUUCGGAUGAGAGAAGAUACCGGGCGCUUAAGAUUGAGGAGCACUUCAUCACGCUGGACGAUGCGCUCGCUGAGUAUAGUAGUAAAAUGGGGGCGACUGUGUCAUAAGAAACACUGCCGCUGCCAUGGAACUGAAGGUGUCUAAGCUCCGAAACCAAAGGCUUGGUGGUUCGAACCUGACAUCACCAGAAACAACUCUUGUUCCUGACCCUCA